AUGCCCGUCGCCAAGCCUGUCAAGAACAUCGUCAGCUCCGCGAAGGAGUUCAAGGCCCUGUGUAUCGCUGCAAGCAAGGCGCACAAGAUCCGCAUUAGCGAUCAAGCAAUCCGGCAUCUACGACUCACCAUGAACACUGCCGUCGCCUCCGCCAGCUUGCUUCCCGAAGCCAUCGACGUCAUCUACGCUGCCCUCGCCGAGCGAAAGAAGCGCCGGGUGGGCCUUGACGUCGUGCGCGAGUGGCUGCUUGCCCCGCCUCCAGCUGACGACGAAGAACCCGAUGACGACGACGAGAAGCAACACCAUGUGCGCGAGCUGUGGAACUGGAAGAAGGUGAAGGGCAAAACGUACUACCUGGUGAACUGGGAGCCGACGUGGGAGCCUCGCGCGCACAUCCACAAAGCUGUCAUCGCUGCCUUCGAAGAAGAGCGCCGCCUGCUGGUCCGCAAGAAGUUCAUCGAGGACGAGGCCGUCGAAGACAACUCGCUAAACAACACGGAAGGAUAUGUUGAGCGGAGAACACCAGGUGUAUUACAAGCUUAG